GCGGGCCCACGGCUGGGAGAUAGGUGGGGGGAGGGGAGGGGAGAGCCCGAGAGCUGGAGUUGGUGCUGGGAAACCCGGAGCUAAUGUUGACAACAGGCUCGAGAUUGUCCUGGGUAACAUAAUGCCAGCUGAGCGUAAAAAGCCAGCAAGUAUGGAAGAAAAAGAAUCUUUGCUAAACAACAAGGAGAAAGACUGUGCUGAAAGGCGUCCAGUGAGCAGCAACAGGGAGAAACCAAAAGACGAGAUCAAGCUCCCUGCCAAGAAGGAAGUUAUUAAGGUCCCUGAAGAAAAGAAGAAACUGGAAGAAGAUAAGAGAAAAAAGGAGACAAGGACGCAAGAAAAAGAAGAAGAAAAGGUAAAGGCAGAAGAGGUUAAAGAAAAAGAGGAAGAAGAAAAAAAGAAACAUGAAGAGGAAGAGAGAAAGAAGCAAGAAGAACAGGCAAAACGACAACAAGAGGAAGAAGCUGCCCAGUUGAAAAAAGAAGAAUCUCUUCAGCUUCAUCAGGAAGCUUGGGAACGACAUCAGUUAAGGAAGGAACUUCGUAAAAACCAAAAUGCUCCAGACAACCGACCAGUAGGAAAUUUCUUUAGUCGACUAGACUCAAGUUUGAAGAAAAAUACCGCUUUUGUCAAGAAACUAAAAACUAUUACGGAACAACAGAGAGACUCCUUGUCCCAUGAUUUUAAUGGCCUAAAUUUAAGCAAAUACAUUGCAGAAGCUGUAGCUUCUAUUGUGGAAGCAAAGCUAAAAAUAUCUGAUGUGAAUUGUGCUGUGCACUUAUGUUCUCUGUUUCACCAGCGCUAUGUCGACUUUGCUCCAUCACUUCUGCAGGUUUAAAAACAUUUUGAAGCAAGGAAAGAAGAGAAAACACCCUAACAUCACCAAAUUAAAACUGAUUUGCGUUUCAUUGCAGAAUUGACAAUAGUUGGGAUUUUCACUGACAAGGAAGGUCUAUCUUUAAUUUACGAACAGCUAAAAAAUAUUAUUAAUGCUGAUCGGGAAUCACAUACUCAUGUUUCUGUGGUGAUUAGUUUUUGUCGACAUUGUGGAGAUGAUAUUGCUGGACUUGUACCAAGGAAAGUAAAGAGUGCUGCAGAGAAGUUUAAUUUGACUUUCCCUCCUAGUGAGAUAAUUAGUCCAGAGAAACAACAACCUUUCCAGAAUCUUUUAAAAGAAUACUUUACAUCUUUGACCAAACACCUGAAAAGGGACCACAGGGAGCUACAGAAUACUGAGAGACAAAAUAGGCGUAUUCUACAUUCUAAAGGGGAGCUAAGUGAAGAUAGACAUAAACAGUAUGAGGAAUUUGCUAUGUCCUAUCAGAAGCUGCUGGCAAAUUCUCAAUCCUUAGCAGACCUUUUGGAUGAAAAUAUGCCAGAUCUUCCUCAGGACAAACCAACACCAGAAGAGCAUGGGCCUGGAAUUGAUAUAUUUACACCUGGUAAACCUGGAGAAUAUGACUUGGAAGGUGGUAUAUGGGAAGAUGAAGAUGCUCGGAAUUUUUAUGAGAACCUUAUUGAUUUGAAAGCUUUUGUUCCAGCCAUCUUGUUUAAAGAUAAUGAAAAAAGUUGUCAGAAUAAAGAGUGCAACAAAGAUGAUUCUAAAGAGGCAAAAGAACCUAAGGAUAAUAAGGAGGUAUCAAAUUCUGAUGAUUUGGAACUUGAAUUGGAGAACCUAGAAAUUAAUGAUGACAGCUUGGAGUUAGAGGGUGCAGAUGAAGCUGAAGAUCUUACAAAAAAACUUCUUGAUGAGCAAGAACAAGAGGAUGAAGAGGCCAGCACUGGAUCUCAUCUCAAGCUCAUAGUAGAUGCUUUCCUCCAGCAAUUGCCCAACUGUGUCAAUAGAGAUUUGAUAGACAAGGCAGCAAUGGAUUUUUGUAUGAACAUGAACACAAAAGCAAAUAGGAAGAAGUUGGUACGGGCACUUUUUAUAGUUCCCAGACAAAGGUUGGAUUUGCUACCAUUUUAUGCAAGAUUGGUUGCUACAUUGCAUCCCUGCAUGUCUGAUGUAGCAGAGGAUCUUUGUUCCAUGCUGAGGGGGGAUUUCAGAUUUCAUGUUCGAAAAAAAGACCAGAUCAACAUUGAAACAAAGAACAAAACUGUUCGUUUUAUUGGAGAACUAACUAAGUUUAAGAUGUUCACAAAAAAUGAUACACUACAUUGUUUAAAGAUGCUUCUAUCAGACUUUUCCCAUCACCAUAUUGAAAUGGCAUGUACCUUACUGGAAACAUGUGGAAGGUUUCUUUUCAGAUCUCCAGAAUCUCACUUGAGGACCAGUGUACUUUUGGAACAAAUGAUGAGAAAGAAACAAGCGAUGCAUCUUGAUGCAAGAUAUGUCACAAUGGUGGAGAAUGCGUACUACUACUGCAACCCACCACCAGCUGAGAAAACAGUGAAAAAGAAACGUCCUCCUCUCCAGGAAUAUGUCCGGAAACUUUUAUACAAGGACCUCUCCAAGGUCACCACUGAGAAGGUUUUGAGACAGAUGCGAAAGUUGCCCUGGCAGGACCAAGAAGUGAAAGACUAUGUUAUUUGUUGUAUGAUAAACAUCUGGAAUGUGAAAUACAAUAGUAUUCAUUGUGUGGCUAACCUCUUAGCCGGACUAGUGCUCUACCAAGAGGAUGUUGGAAUCCAUGUUGUGGAUGGAGUUUUAGAAGAUAUUCGAUUAGGAAUGGAGGUUAAUCAGCCUAAAUUUAAUCAGAGACGUAUCAGCAGUGCUAAGUUCUUAGGGGAACUUUAUAAUUACCGAAUGGUGGAAUCAGCUGUUAUUUUUAGAACUCUUUAUUCUUUUACUUCAUUUGGUGUUAACCCCGAUGGCUCUCCAAGUUCACUGGACCCUCCUGAGCACCUUUUCAGAAUCAGACUAGUGUGCACAAUUUUGGACACCUGUGGCCAGUACUUUGACAGAGGUUCCAGUAAACGAAAACUUGAUUGCUUCCUUGUAUAUUUUCAGCGUUAUGUUUGGUGGAAGAAGAGUUUGGAGGUUUGGACAAAAGAUCAUCCAUUUCCUAUUGACAUAGAUUACAUGAUCAGUGAUACACUAGAACUGCUAAGACCAAAGAUCAAACUCUGUAAUUCUCUGGAAGAAUCCAUCAGGCAGGUACACGACUUGGAACAAGAAUUCUUAAUAAAACUAGGCCUAGUAAAUGACAAAGAUUCAAAAGAUUCUGUGGCAGAAGGAGAAAAUCUUGAAGAGGAUGAAGAAGAAGAAGAAGGAGGAGCUGAAACAGAGGAACAAUCUGGAAAUGAAAGUGAAGUAAAUGAACCAGAAGAAGAGGAGGGUUCUGAUAAUGAUGAGGAUGAAGGAGAGGAAGAAGAGGAAGAAAACACAGAUUACCUUACAGAUUCAAAUAAGGAGAAUGAAACCGAUGAAGAAAAUAAUGAGGUAAUGAUCAAAGGAGGUGGACUUAAACAUGUACCUUGUGUAGAAGAUGAGGAUUUCAUUCAAGCUCUGGAUAAAAUGAUGCUAGAAAAUCUUCAGCAACGAAGUGGCGAAUCUGUUAAGGUGCACCAACUUGAUGUCGCUAUUCCCUUGCAUCUCAAAAGCCAGCUGAGGAAAGGGCCCCCACUUGGUGGUGGGGAAGGAGAGGCAGAAUCCGCAGACACGAUGCCAUUUGUCAUGCUAACAAGAAAAGGCAAUAAACAGCAGUUUAAGAUCCUUAAUGUACCCAUGUCUUCCCAACUUGCUGCAAAUCAUUGGAACCAGCAACAGGCAGAACAAGAAGAAAGGAUGAGAAUGAAAAAGCUCACACUAGAUAUCAAUGAACGACAAGAACAAGAAGAUUAUCAAGAAAUGCUGCAAUCUCUUGCCCAGCGUCCAGCUCCAGCAAACACCAAUCGGGAGCGGCGGCCUCGUUACCAACAUCCAAAGGGAGCACCUAAUGCGGAUCUAAUCUUUAAAACUGGUGGGAGGUAG